AUGGAACCUGUGCCUGAGGCUGUGCAGGAGAAUAUUGCCAGGCUUAAUAAAGCCCUUAUCGCCAAGGUACUGGGGCGUCAUCUUCCCUUUCCUUUCCUCAUCUCUGUGCUUAAGAUUCUUUGGGGUCAUUUUGGGCCUUUCGAGGCCAUCUCCUCUGCUCCCAACACGGUUAUCUGCAAUUUCUCGUCCCCCGAGGCACGUGAAGCUGUGCUGCAGGGCGGGCCGUGGUUGGUUGCCGGAAAUAUUGUUGGGUUGGGCAAAUGGUCCUUUUCGUCUUCUCCUGCCUCUGUCGAGGGACUUUGGUCCCCAAUUUGGAUUCGCUUGCCUGAGCUUCCUCUUAUUUAUUGGGAUGUGGCUAACCUCUCUCGGUUAGCAAGUAUGAUUGGUGUUCCCCUUUGGAUGGACUCGUUUACCAGCACCUGGGGACGCUCCUCUUUCGCUCGCAUCUGUUUCAGGAUGGACCUGUCACGGAAGCUGCCGCCCGGGGUUUGGAUAAAUGGCAUUCAUGGCCGUUUUUUCCAAAAGGUCCAGUAUGAGGGCCUGCAGUCCUGCUGCUUUGCCUGUGGGGUCGUUCAGCAUCCGUCCCACUUCUGUUCAGAGUCAGCCUCUCCUCUCCCCUCGGCCUCUACAACAGCGCCCCCGUCGGUGCCUGCCGCUUCGACCAUUCCUAGGGAUGGUUCAACUUCAAACCACCCGUUGUCAGUGCCUCUGCGGCCGUCUACCACUCCCUCCGGAGUGCCUUCUUCCCUGGUCACCUCACCGGUUGAGGAACUCGGGAAGUGGAACCUAGUUUCCCGCAAGCGCCCUCGUGCUCGGAAGCUAGUUUCAUUGGCUCGCCCUUCUCGCCUGCAGCCUCGCCCUCCUUGUUAG